UAUGUACGUAUUAAAGGUUAAAAUAUUUAAUUUUUUUUACAAACUAUUUACGCGAAUGUGGUAUACAAGUUGUGUGUGACGCGUUUACACAGCAAAUAUGUAUAGAAGACUUUGUUUAAAUGUGGAACGCAUUGGUAAGUCACGUGCGUAGGUAUACGAGGAAAGAAGUAAAGUGGGGGCUUCAUAGGGUUUGCAUAACCUGAUUGAAAUCCGACGCCAACAGUCAGUAGUAUUUCGACGUCGGUGACGGUUCUACAGUUACGGUUACCCGUCUUUCUCUCUCUCUUUCUCACAUUUUUUGUCUUAGUUUCUCUCUUUGUUACUUGUCUGCAAUUGUGUUUGUUUCAUCCAUAAGAAGUUCAGACAUCGCGAUGUGCGCGCGCGCGUUACAUAUUCAUCGGUGAAAUACCACGUGUCGAAUUUUUUAUAGUUAAUUCGUUUGCUAUGAUACCUACCAGAAGAAGAGUUUGAUUUUGGUGCACGUGACAAUAUUUUAAAAAUUAGCUGAUGUGAAUUGAACACACCUUGAAACACAGAAAAUUGAAAGAGAAAAACAGUGAGAAAAAGAAAAGAUAGUAAUAUGCAGCGGAUGUGGUUUAUAGAGAACAAAGAGGAGGAGCAAUUGAAGCCGCUAGAAGAGCCACGUGAGACUAGCUUCAUCGAGGUGGCGACUGAACAGACAUCAGACAUGAGGGGGUCUAAAAGGGACUGGAUUUUUAGAGUGCAGGUGCAUAAAGUGGAGAAAAAUGAAGUCUUAUAUGUUGUGGGCAAUUUGCCUGAACUGGGUUCUUGGAAUCAUAACCAGGCACUUCAAUUAUCACAAGAACAUGGCAGUCGGGAUUCUCCUAUACUUUUUGACAGUAACAGUAGUGGGGAAUUUUAUAGCGAUGAUGGACAUGCUGGAGAUAAUUUAUUUGGUGACGUAGAUGAUGAAGGUGGACAGAUAUUUUCACAAAAGGUUGCACUUCCUAUUGAUACUGACGUAGAAUUCCGAUAUUUCGUUGCUGUUAUCUGUCAAUCUAAUGGUACUAAAAAUUCGGCCAAGACUCUCAUUAUUCGUAGAUGGGAGACUCAUAUGAGACCGCGCCUUGUCAAAAAGAACACACCUAGCAAUUUUACUAGUGACACAUUACCAGAUCCAGAUAAAUUUGGUUGUUAUAAUAGUUAUUGCAAAAUUGAACGAGGCUGGUUGACUGACGAAACUGUGGUACAAUUUAAGCUUUUUAAUAAUCCAAUUAAAUUAUGGAAAAACCGAUUACAAAAUAGAAAAGUUCAUAUUAAGAUGACACCUGUAAAUCUAGUUAGGCACAAUUCUUUAGAAUUGCAACAGUUUGGAGGCGAUUGUGUAGAUGAUAGUCUUUCAAUGGAUACACAAGAUAUUGUUGAUCAACCUGCCUUUAGUAUUACAGAAAUUGCGGUUAUGAACGACGAAGAGGCUCACUUCAAACUUCAGGAACAAUUUGGUCGAGCUUACAAUGAAGACGAAUUUAUUAUCUUCAAUGUUGCGGUUCGAUACCCUGAAACUAUCGCAUACUUAGUGGACUACUACGUGUACAGCUCAAGGUGUUUUCCUGGAGAACCACCAAGUCAUAUUGGUUUCAGCUACAUCUUGCCUAGCACGUUACAAGCUAGCGUUGGGCUUUUAACAGUACCAAUUACAAGCACAAAACAUAGACCAAUUGGGCAACUUACAGUGGAAUAUGUCGUGAUAAAAUCAAUACCUGAUUAUCCAUGGGAUAUGAGUAUUUCGUAUGCAAAACAUUGGGAACAACGAUGGUCUGGCCUUGAUGUGGGACACAGAGGGCUUGGCACAUCUUUUCAAACAAAGAACUGUGCUAAUGUACGGGAAAAUACAGUAGCUUCUUUAAAAACCGCAUCGUACCACGGCGCUGAUAUGGUCGAAUUUGAUGUCCAACUGUCCAAAGAUCAUAUACCUGUUAUUUAUCAUGAUUUUUAUGUAUCCAUUUCAUUAAAACGCAAGAAACAGAUUGAAGCUAUGGACAUGUUGGAAAUACCAGUUAAGGAUCUUACAUUAGAGCAGUUACAUUUAUUAAAGGAUUUUCAUUACCCGAGGGACUCGUUGGGUAAGGUGCUGUAUGUCGUUGAUAAAGCUGAGCACGGGGUUAACCAAGUGGUUUAUCACGUGGCCGAAGGUCGAGAAAAAAAUCCACGAUUCUUUGACGAAGAUUUAGAAGAUCAUCAACCUUUCCCUACCCUUCAGACCGUACUUCAAGAAUUAGAACAGCACGUUGGAUGUAAUAUUGAAAUAAAAUGGACAAUGCAACUGAAGGACGGCACAUUCGAGCUUAAUCACCCUUUUGACCUUAACUUAUAUUUGGAUAUUAUACUGAAAGUUGUGUUAGAGUAUGGUGGCGACAGAAAAAUAGUCUUCUCAUCUUUUAACCCUGACAUUUGUGCCAUGAUUCGUCUUAAACAAAAUAAGUACCCGGUAGUAUUCUUGACACAAGGUGUCACCUCAAAGUAUCCUACUUACCAUGAUCCAAGGUGUCAAACAAUACCGAUGGCUGUUAGACACGCGUUAGCAGCUGAUAUCUUAGGAAUAAAUGUUCAUACUGAAGAUAUUCUUCGAGAUCCGUCUCAAGUAAAAUUAGUCAAAGACGCUGGAUUAAUUAUCUUCUGCUGGGGGGAUGACAAUAAUGAUAAAGAUACGAUUCAACAUUUGAAAAAACUCGGUUUACAUGCUGUUAUUUAUGAUAAGAUUGACGAAUAUAACGCAAAAGAAGUGAAAGAAAGUAUAUUCUUGGUGGAUGCAAGAGAAAAUCAGAAGGCACUUAUUGCUUUAGCACAGUGUAAUCAAAAUUGUUCUGCUCAAAGCCAAAUUUCCAAUUCUCUCAAUACAGAAAAGGAUUAUUAUAUGGAUCUUGAUAAAUCACGAAAUAUGAUUACAACCGCAUCAACAACAACUUCACUCGCAUCAUUUGGUAAGAAUAGUAUUGGCGGUGAUAAUGUAUAUUCUAUGUCAACUGUUAAAUUACCACCUACGUGUGACCAUCAGGAGAGCAAAGAGAUCAGUGAAAUGACAAAAGAUUUUAGCGUAUGUGCAAAAUCAUUCGGCCAUUCGGUGAAAGCUAAAAGUAUCUCGGACUUAGUUUGCGGUCAGACAACAACGCUACCGGAAAUUUAUGGAGAGGAUGAAUCUGCAAAGGAUUGUCUUUGAUGUUUCUCUUUUAAGAAGCCGUCGUGGUUUUGACACAAAAGAUAUUGUUUAGAAACAAAUCUAUCAUAAGAGGAAGGAGAAAAAAAAUUUUUUUUUUAUAAUUCAUAAUUCAUAAUUACUAUAAUAUUUAUGAAGGGGUCAAGCAAAUACUUUGUUUCCCCUACAGUCCUAGGAUCCGUACAAUUGGAUCAUCUUAACGGCCAUUACACGGAGUAUAUACAUAUACCAAUGCACAAGAGAGACGAUCGAUUGAUUUUUCACGUCAUUUAUCAUUCCUGCGAUCGGUCGACUUAAUUGUCCAUUUUCUUUUUUAUUAUCUCUUACUUAAAACUCUACACAAUGGCCUGUAUUUUUUUUUUGUUUUUUUUUUUUAUGAUAUUCGAGUUCAAUGUUGGCUGUAGAAAAAGAUUUGAACUCCUGUUAUUUUGCCUGUGGCAAGUGAGUGCUGGAGUUUUAAGUUUUUAGUACAAAUAUCCUCAAUAUUUUUCAUUUAGUUCAUAAAAAAACAACUGUCACCCCUUUCAUAUUCCUUCCUUUAUUAAUGAUCAUUAAUUUAACGAAGUAGAACAGAAAAGUAAUUUGACAGACAGAUUAAAAAAAAUAUAUGACAUUACGAGUAUUUACUUCUUUUUAAGUUAUCGAAGAAAUUGAAAAAAAAAACAAUUGCCUUUGACAGCUUCAAAUGUUGACAAAACAGCUGCAGGGUAACUAUUUUUCGUAGACAUAGAAUAUUUCAUAUUCAUUUAUUUAUGUUUCGAAAUAUUUUUAAUACAAAAUCUUAGUAAUUAAAUGAUGUAAAAAAUAAGAAAGAAUUUCUUUAUGGAAUGACAAAUUUUUGUUAAAAGCGUCAACUUAAAAACCACACUAUAAUCAUAAAUAAAGGAAAAGUUACGUCAUUUUCUCGGAUUAAAUAAUACGGUGAUUAUUAUAAAUAGUUUCUUCAUCUUUGUAUAAUAAUCACUUUAGGUGAAUUAAGAUCGGUUCUUUUUUUUCUGGUAGAUCAAUACAAUCGAAACAUCGUGAAGAUUGUUCGUUCGCUUUAUUAGAUACUAUUUUUUCCUGUCUGGACCUCGAUGUCCAAUUAAUUUUAUAACUGCAUCAGUAACAGAAUAAGUAGCCUGCAAAUAUCUUUUCAUAGUUUUUAAACAGAGAAGAUAAUUUAUACCGCUAUACCGCAUUGGUAGUACGCUAUACAACUAAAGAGAGCGAUUGUAUCAAUCGUUAAGAUUCUGGCAGUAUACAGUAUAUCUGUUGAUGGUUUAGAAAAAAGUAUACCACAGAUAUGUUAAUGGAAUCACAUGUGUGUUUAAAUGCACAUGUAUCGUGCGUUAAAGCGGGAGGGGGGAGGGGGUACUGAUCUUUUCUAUUGUCAUAGAGGCUAUGCAUUGUAAUAAACCAGUUGACGGAUAUAAAUCGGUUUCGAUAAGUUUAUAACUAAAUCCAUUGGUAGAAUUUUGAAAAUCCUGAUACAUAUAGGUUAAUGUGUUACAGUCUUCAAGUGUAUAUUGAUAAACUUCAUAUAUAUUUCAGAUUUCUAA